CUCUUUAGAUCUGGCCCAGUAACUUCCAUCCCAACGAGGCUGAGACAGAGAACAGGACACAGAGGCGGUACCUGCAGGAGCGCGGGCUUCCCAUGUUACUGGACUACUGCCGGAUGCAGGGGGCACGUAAGGAACGGGUGGUUCUGGCUAAUGAACAUUGGCUUGUAGUGGUUCCCUAUUGGGCAGUGUGGCCUUUUCAAACUCUGCUCCUCCCUCGUCGUCACGUGAUCUGCCUUCAGGACCUGAGUAGUGAAGAGAGACUAGUGAGACCCUGUGGAGAUGAUUGAGGUGGUGGCCAAGUUGGUGAGGGGCCCAGUGUUCCUGGCCGGGGAGAUUGUGGAAUGUGUCGUUACCUUCACUAACCCCCUGUCUGCCCAGUCUACUUCUGCCAGCAGUGAGACCCUGGCAUGGGCUAGUGCUCAGAUUCAUUGCCAGUUCCAUGCCAGUGAGAGCCGCAUACACCUCCCGGCGAAUCAGGAGCCCAGACAGGACGUUCAGGCAGAGAAUGAGACAGUAUUUGUCCCAAACCGAGGUGAGCGGGGUCAGUGCAUCCUCUCCACACCCCCCAAAAUCUUGUUUUGUGACCUGCGCUUGGACCCUGGAGAGACCAAAUCCUAUUCCUACUGUGAGAGUUUGCCCCUUGCUGCUCCUCCUUCAUUCCGUGGCCAGUCUGUGAAAUACGUCUACAAACUGACAAUUGGCUGCCAAAGAGUUAACUGCCCCAUUCAGCUCCUGCGGGUGCCGUUCCGUGUGCUCCUGCUGCAGGCGCUGCAGAACUUCCAGCCCACACAGGAGGAUGAGGUUGCCCCCUCCAACCCCUUCCUGGAUGAGGAGGAGGGAGGGAAGAAAGACUCGAGGCUCCUGGACUCGGCCGUGGAGAUUCUCAUGACUCUGACGUCCCGUAGGACAUUGCACCAGUUUAAUAUCAGUAACAGCCAGGGCCGCGUGGGCACGUUCUGCAUCUUUAAGACGGUCUAUAAAAUUGGAGAAGAUGUGAUUGGCACAUUCAGUUUCUCUGACGGUGACAUUCCCUGUCUGCAGUACUCGGUGUUGCUGCAGACAGAAGAGAGUGUGCAGGAGGAGUACAGGAGAUCUCGGGCUCAGCCGGUGACCAUCACUAGCCACGCUCAGCACCACGAGUCCUGUCUGCACUCGGCCAGCACCAGCUUCAGUCUCCCCAUCCCCCUCACGUCUUGUCCUGGAUUCAGCACCAACAUCGUCUCACUGAAGUGGCGCCUCCAUUUUGAGUUUGUCACCUCCCGGGAGCCCAUGGAGGCACCUACUGUUCCUGAGAACCAAUCAGAGAUCAUCACCUGGACGGGGGCUGGACAAAUAGAGGUAGACACCUUUAGCUGGGACCUGCCAAUCAAAGUUCUUCCAACCAAUCCUCUGCUGGCUUCCUAUGUUUCCCCUGCUUUUUCCUCCCAUUGCAUCUCUAUAUAAGGGGUGCUGGCCCUGUAUGUGUGUAAAUAUAUAUAUAAUUUUAAUAAAGACAUUGGGAUUA